UCUUAAAUCAAGUGGGAUGAGACAUUUUGACUAAAAUAAGACAAACAGACUUGGUAAGAUUUUGAGUUUUUGUAGUGUGGGAGGACGGCCGGCUUGGUGCUGUGGCAGGACUUUAUUGUCCCAUUCAGGCCUGACUUGGGCUUGUGGUGCUAACUGGCUGUUAAUUGCCUGCCCAUACACAGGGUUCUGUCCACAAGCAGAAAAACCAGCUCCUUCAAGGGAAACCAGCCUAAUGAGAUUAUCUGUCAGAGCGUGGGUCUGUCUAGACACCCCAAUACACAACUCCCCCUCCUCACCCCGACACUCCCUGCGGCCCUCACAGGCUGCAGAAGAUGCCCUCAAGUAAAAGCUACCUGCAGAAAUAGUGCAUGUUAUCAUCACACCAUUAUGGGUUUACACAGAGGUUCCCUCCCACUGAAAGGAGAAAGUGGAGGAAGCAGAAAAUUCUCUUAAUUUAUGCACUUUUGGAUCAAUGUAUUGGAUUUUAUGCAAUCAAAGUAUGAGGACAGUUCAUAAAACUCCUGCUCACAGAUCUUGGUGCAUUAUUCUGUUUAUUUCCACUGCAGUUCUCUCUGAUGUGCCAAAAGAACACUGCAAAAACUCAAAAUCUUACCAAGUCUAUUUGUCUUAUUUUUAGUCAAAAUGUCUCAUCCCACUCAAUUUAAGAUAAAUUCACUUAACAAGUGACAUUUCAGCAAGAUGGAGGGGCUUGUUUGAAGACAAUGCAUCUUAAAUAUCUUGUUAAGUCAAACAAUCUUGAAAUUAUCUUGUUUUGAGUUGAAUUUUACAAGAAAACUUAAAAUAAAUGUAAUCCUCGUGUCAUCCUCCAGGUCAAAUUGAACUGUUUUAAAGUUUGAAAAUGUGGGGGAAAAAAUAUUUUCUCACUGAAACUUCUGAUGUUCACAUUUUCAGCAUUUUGGGGAAAUGUUUGAACAUUUUUUAGUGGAAACAAAGAAAUGCUAAAAAUCUUUCUUAAGAACAUUCACAAAACAAUCAACCAAAAUCCAGCGAAUUUCACUGGAUUUUGGUUGAUUUUUUUGUGUGAAUGUUCUUAAAGAAAAUCUUAGAGCUUUUACCGAUAUAUAUGUAAUCACUUUAGAUAUUUUUAGGAUUUUUUGGAAAAUAUUUACAAGAAAUUUCUUGCCAAAUAUGAGGGAUUUUUUAAAAAAUAAAACUUUUGAGGGAAACUUUUAAGGAAUUUUUUGCCGAUUUUUUUCAGACAAGGAAACAAUAUUUUUUGGUGCCUGUAAAUGAAGACAACAGGAGGGUUAAUACAUCUGAAAUUAGGAGGUUACAUGAAAACAAAAAUCUAUUUUUGAGUGAAAAACUGCUUCAUUUUAUUUUUUAGCAUAUCUGGCUUAUUUGAAGACACCUAUGCUUGACAAUCUUGGUAAAAUGCAGCUUAAAAUAAGUUUUCCCAGCUAAUUUUAAGAUCUCAGUAUUCUAAAUAUCACAUCUUAUUACAAGAAAUCUUACCAAGCCAUUUUUCUCUUGUUCUAUUGGCAGAUUUUUUUCACUUAUUUAAGGUAAACGUUACGUGAAAUAUAUUUUUUUCUUGUUUUGAUAGGGGCAUGUUUUCCAGAGAAUUAUGCUGGCUGUUUACCACGUUGCACAAACACACUAAAUGGCAUUCUGUGUGUGCUUAUGUGUGUGUGAAUGAUGUUUACACAGAUUGUGGUGCCGCUGCCAGAUCUGCUCUGCAGCAGGGAAGUGCAUCCAUAUUUGUUUUAAAGUCUCUUAGCAGUUAAUAAAGAUGCAUUUCCUCCAUCCCCCUUCCUGUGGGGACGGUAUCAAGGCUCUGUUAAGUCUCUUUGAUUUCCAGUGUCCUCCAAUCACAGCAGGACACCGACUCAGCUCUGUGUCACUUCAAAGCCUGGGAAUGGCCCUCCUGGCCCCACCCACACCAGGACUCCCCUUAAAAGUCAUGGUCACCUCAUCCUGCAGGACUCAGCACCUCUGAAAUAUCUGCUGCAACAAGUCCGACUGACCUUCUGACUCCUUCUGCUGCUGAAUUUUGCUUUCUCACAUGAGGCAGAGCAGCGCUGAAGACACGCUUUGGAUAUCUCUGACUCUUGGAUUGUUUAUCUUCAUUUUGUGCAAAAAACUUCUCAAGCUUGAAGAAUGCAAUCCAUCCGAGGUGAGUGUUACUUGACCUUUAUUGCUUUUACAGGGGACUUUUUGGCCAGUAUUUUCUCAUUUUUCCAACUAGUUUUGUCUUUUUUGACCUUUCUUGACCACGGAUUCUACCACCUUCAGUCAUGUUUGGCUAUAAUGAAUCGUAUUUCCUUUUAGACUUGAAGUCCAACUUCAGCGGCCCUCCUCCCUCCUCCAUGGCUGCCGGCCCUGAUGCCUACCUUCAGGGCAACAUCAGGAUGACUCUGGAGGACCCUGAACUCUGGAAGACUUUUCAUGAAAUAGGAACAGAGAUGAUCAUCACUAAACCGGGCAGGAGGAUGUUCCCACAUUGUAAAAUCAAUUUAUCUGGCCUUAUUCCAUGUGCCAAGUACAUCUUACUGGUUGACAUGGUCCCUGAGGAUGGUUUUAGGUAUAAGUGGAAUAAAGAAAAAUGGGAGGUGGCAGGAAAAGCGGAGCCUCAGCCUCCCUGCAGGACCUACCUCCACCCAGACUCUCCAGCCCCGGGGAGCCACUGGAUGAAGCAGUCCAUCUCCUUCCUCAAGCUCAAGCUCACCAACAACACGCUCGACCAGCACGGCCAUAUCAUUUUACACUCCAUGCAUCGCUACCAUCCACGCUUCCACAUUGUCCAGGCAGACGACCUGUUCAGUGUCCGCUGGAGUGUUUUCCAGACGUUCACCUUCCCUGAAACGUCCUUCACUGCAGUCACCGCCUACCAGAACACCAAGAUCACAAAGCUGAAGAUCGAUCACAACCCCUUUGCAAAAGGAUUCCGGGAUGAAGGCACCAAUAAAAAGAGGCGUUCCAGCAAGAACCCAGCAUGUCUUGAUAAAAGAACCAAGAUGUCGGACAUUUUGAAAAAGGACUCUGAAGAGGACAGUCCACCAGACUUCUGCCAGUCCUCAUUUGAUGGUUACGACGGAGAAGAAGGGGAUCUGCCCAAAAGGAAAGACGACGAGUCUGUUAAAGAGGAGCGUUACUCUCCUUGGGGGGCUGAGAGGGAGCAGAAUGCGAGGACGGACUCUCCUGCUGGGGCAGAUACCAGAGAUGUGUACAGCACCGAGCAACUGGUUCCUGCUCCAGCUUCCUACCAGCCCUACAGGUUCCACGAGUAUGGAAAGUCUCCAUCUCCCUCCUCCAGCAUCGGCAGCAGCAACAGCGGUUCAGGACGCAGCAGCUUCGAGUCCAGGGUCCCCAACGUCGCCACCGUCCCCGAUCACGACUCCUCAAAGCCCCGCACACAAGAGAUCGGUCCUUCCAACUGCGGCCCCCAGCACCUCCCGGGGGCCCAGGACUACACCGGGGUGCUCAACAUGACCAUGGCCCAGGCGGGCAAGCCGGGGGUGAUCGGCCACCACAUCUACAGCCCCUACGGAGCGGAGCAGCCCCUGGGUCAGUGGAGCGGCCCGGGUCCCGCCCAGUACCCCCCUCCACACCACCUGACCGCAGACUACACCACGCAGGCUGUGCACCACGGCUAUCACCAUGGCAACGUGGCCGAGUGGAGCCAGUACCCGCUGUUCUCCUACUCCUGCUGGUGAGGGGAUCGUUGACGUUAACUGGGUGAGAGUGACUUUACCGACGCUGCUGCCGCCAUCUUGCCAGAACGCGCUCACAGCUAUGAGAAUGCAUGUCCAAACACGGCUGAGGCCUAGAUGCCUGCCACAAGAAUGAAGAAGGAAAGAGGUUUACGGCGCUGACCGGGGAGGUCUCCUGUUCAGACCUGCAGGAUCCAGACUCCGGUUAUGCUGAGUGCAAAUAAAAGUGUCCUACGCCAUACUGACUGAUUGUUUUAAUAUUUGUCUAUUUAUUUUGUGACUCAUCUCAUCUUCAGUGUAAAUAAUAUUUUUGUAAAAAUUAAAAGAAUAAAUCAUAAGUGUGCAAUUAUGUCUGUUGUUAAACUGUGAUGUGGAAAUAAAAAAAUAACAGUAACAUAA